GCCGCCGCCGCGGAAGCGGCAGAGGCAGCGCGCGCGCGGCCACUGCAGGUGGAUUCGGCGGGGCUGGCGGGGGGGGUGAGCUGAGGGACCCGGCCCGACCCACCCGCGAGCGGGAAUGGGCCCGGGCCCGGCCUCGGCCUCGGCCUGUCCGCGGCGGGAGGCGGGCUGCCGCCAUGGCCGGCCCGGCCCUGAUCUCCUCCCCGGUUCCCCCCCCCCCGCAGGAUAUGCGGUUUCCCGGGCUCUGCGGGCGGCUGAAGGCGGCGGUCGUCGCGGUGGUGCACGUAGGAGCGCUGCCAGGGACACCAAGAAGUUCUCUUCCAUUGACCCAGAUCAUUGAUCAAGCUUGUCAAGAGGCAGAAACUUACAAGGGUGCUGGAGUUGAUGGCUUAAUAGUAGAAAACAUGCAUGAUCUUCCUUACACGGUGUGUCCUGGGCCUGAAGUAACUGCAGCAAUGACAGUCGUUAGUGCGGCAGUGAGACAGACCUGCCCCCAUCUCACGCUGGGUGUCCAGAUCCUGUGCGCUGCAAAUCAACAGGCAAUAGCAGUUGCUCUUGCUGCAGGUCUUGAUUUCAUACGGGCUGAAGGAUUUGUGUUUUCUCAUGUUGCUGAUGAAGGGAUUAUAAAUGCCUGUGCAGGUAAUCUGCUACGAUACAGAAAACAAGUUGGAGCAGAGAACAUUCAGAUUUUCGCUGACAUUAAAAAGAAACAUAGUGCUCACGCUCUGACGGCAGAUGUCAGCGUGGCCGAGACCGCUUUGGCUGCUGAGCUCUUCCUGGCUGAUGGGGUUGUACUGACUGGCACAGCUACUGGAUUGCCUGCAGAUCCUCAGGAGCUGAAAGAGGUUAAACAUGCUGUGAAGAUCCCUGUGAUGAUUGGGUCUGGAGUGACCCUCGAGAAUGUGAAGAAUUACUUGGAUGCAAAUGCUCUAAUAAUUGGUUCGUAUUUCAAGAAAGAAGGUUAUUGGGCAAAUGGUGUUGAUCCUGACCGAGUAAAGAAAUUUAUGGAACACAUAAGUAAACUGAGAGAAUGAGUUUGUCAGCAAACAGUAUUUUUUUGUGUGUGUAAGUGAAGUAUCAUAUAUAGUACAGAAUUAAAGCACAAAUGUGUGCUUGAAUGGCUAAUAACAUUAAAUGAAAACGCACAUCAUCUCCGUAGCUAGCUGGGAAACAUGAUGACACUUUACAAUAAACUGGUGCUCUGAUGUUUGUUCCUAGGCAGCACAGUUCUGUGGCACUCAAAGCUAUCAUCAAUACAAAACCAACUCUCCAAAGACUUGUGUAAUAUCUUCUCUCCUAUAAGUAAAAUGCUUAUGGAAUUUAAGAAUUUGUAGUAAAUAUUCAUCACAGGUGAGCUGAGUUUUGUUUUGCCUAUGAGUACAAUAGGAUGCCUGAAGUUUACAGCUAAGAGUAUUGUAAAUUGAACAAGUUAAUUAGCCUUUCAGUUUUCCCAUCUGUAAAAUGAUGAUAAUAGUACGUACAUCACACAGGGGUCGUAAGACAUAAUAAAUGAAUGAAUGUACAGCACUUUCAUCUCAAAUGAAGGGCUCUAUUAAAGUUCAAGGUCAUUAUUUUUUCA